CAUUUUAUUUUGAAAAUCCACCCCCUCCCCGGAAGCGCCCUCUGUCGGUCCGUGUACUCUGACAGGUUUAUCAAACAGGGGCAGAAAGCUGUCUCGGAACUCUGCAGCCGCAGCGGCUCUGAAUAUUUCACCAUCGGGGUUCGGUCCAGCAUGGCGGCUUACGGAUGGAAAUACUGAUGACAGUCCGAAAGAUUGCCUCGAUUUGUACGAUGGGCGCCAAUGCCUCUGCCUUGGAAAAGGAGAUUGGACCGGAACAGUUUCCCGUAAAUGAACACUACUUUGGCUUGGUUAAUUUUGGAAACACCUGCUACUGUAACUCAGUGCUGCAGGCUCUGUAUUUCUGUCGACCGUUCAGGGAGAAGGUGCUGGCGUACAAGGUUCAGCCUCGCCGUAAAGAGUCCCUGCUCACCUGCUUAGCUGACCUGUUCAACAGCAUUGCCACACAGAAGAAGAAAGUCGGCGUUAUCCCGCCCAAGAAAUUCAUCUCACGGCUGAGAAAGGAAAAUGAGCUGUUUGACAACUACAUGCAGCAGGACGCCCACGAAUUCCUCAACUACCUUCUCAACACCAUCGCUGACCUUCUCCAGGAGGAGAAGAGCCAGGAGCGGCAGCAGAACGGAAAACUGGUUCAGAAUGGAGGUGGAGGAGUGGGAGGAGGAGGGGGAGUAGGAGGAGGCGGUAGCGAGGGAGGAGGAGGAGGAGGUGGAGAAGGGGAAGGAGGGAAGGAGACGCAGCAGACCUGGGUGCACGAGAUCUUCCAAGGAACCCUGACCAACGAGACGCGCUGCCUCAACUGUGAAGCUGUGAGCAGCAAAGACGAGGACUUCCUGGAUCUGUCUGUGGAUGUGGAGCAGAACACGUCGAUCACGCACUGUCUCAGGGGCUUCAGUAACACAGAGACGUUAUGCAGUGAAUACAAGUAUUACUGUGAGCAGUGUCGCAGCAAACAGGAAGCCCAGAAAAGGAUGAGGGUAAAGAAGCUACCCAUGAUCCUCGCCCUCCACCUAAAGCGCUUUAAAUACAUGGACCAGCUGCACCGCUACACCAAACUGUCCUAUCGCGUCGUCUUCCCUCUGGAGCUCCGCCUCUUCAACACGUCCGGGGACGCAACCAACCCAGAUCGUUUGUACGACCUGGUGGCUGUCGUCGUGCACUGUGGCAGCGGUCCAAACCGCGGACACUACAUCACCAUCGUCAAGAGCCACGGCUUCUGGCUGCUGUUUGACGACGACAUCGUAGAGAAAAUCGAUGCACAGGCGAUCGAGGAGUUCUACGGUCUGACCUCGGACAUUUCCAAGAACUCUGAGUCAGGAUACAUCCUGUUCUACCAGUCCAGAGACUGAACCAAGGCGGUCGUAAGUCCCCAACAGACUGUCACUCAACAGAGGGGGGAGGGGCUUAUGGCAGCCACCUGGUCCGCCCUCACUUAAGUAUCCAGGCUUUAUUCCCUGUAGGCGGAGCUACACUGGAGCGCCACUCGGGACGGGUGUGUGGCAGAUCUUGUGACAGCCUUCUGGAUUACCGUUCAAAUCCUCUGUGUCCACACUGCUGCAGCAGAGCACCUUAAAAAAAUAUUUUAAAAAAACAUCCACUAGAACCCCCCACCCCCCCAGCAGAUUCCACGACACUCGCUCUGCACUGUGGGCAGACUGACCAAUCCAAGAGGCUGACAUGUGGAGGACGAGCAGGAGGAGAUGAUGCGGCAUAACCAGCUAUUUUGGAUGCAACUGGUGUCGGGGGGUUAAGGUCUGAGUCGGCCCUAUUUGUGACUUGUUGCAUCGACACGCAACUCCCCCAAAGAUUCCUUUAAUGUCUGACAGCACCGUCGGAACUCCCACCUGUCGCAGCAAAACCACCGACACUACCUGUAGUGAGUGAACGGCUUGAAUGUGAGCGUGGCGCUUUGAUGAUAGUUUGCGGUGUUUUGUAUAGUGAAGUUUUGCCAAUCACGUCCUGCGCAGUGUUACAGGCGAUGGUUGAAAUGGAAACCAGCCACCAGGGAGGUGUUGAUGGAGCUGAAAUGUUCCCCACACUCAUCAGUAAGGCUCUUUGUUUCAGGUUUAAAAUUCUUAACUAAAAAAAUUUAGAGAGAAGUGAAACCAGCUGACCAAAAGUACAAUUUGCAGCUUAUAUAAUUUUUUUUUUAAGCAACCCUGUUUAAAGAAAAGAAUACUUUGCCACAUGUUAUAUUUUUUAAUCCAAUCCUUUGGAUCACCAACAGUCCUGUUCUAGAUUCCAGAGUGUCUAGAGCGUCUAAAGUGGAUGGUGGUUAAACUUCCUGGUGUGUUGUGCCAUUUUGAGCCCCUCGUGGUGCCACAGUAGGGGAGGGAAAAGAGCUCAAAGGAAGUAUUUCAACAGCAUAAGCUAAUUUUUAAAAUGCCAGCUUCUCAUGGUUUUGACAGCAAGCACACGCUCCUUUGCUCUCAAGGAUGUGUUGUUGUAACAUGUCUGACUUUUUUAAAGAUGCCACAAUAUGCACAUUUGUACUUUUUUUUUUUUUUUUUCUUUUUAAAGGGACGCACUAUGAGACUAAUGCUUUUCUUUCCUUUAAGUCAGCUCUGGUAUCCACUUUACACACUACACGACACGCAGCGUCGAAGUUUGUCGAGUUUGUCUCAUGUGCUUAUGGGUGCCUCUCUGCGCACACACGCCUUUACCCUUCUGCAGCUGGUUCAUCUCGCAGUUUCAGCCACGCUCAGGCCAAUUUCGACUCUGGCUUAAGUGUUUUUCGUGCAGCUGCAGCUCUGGCAGGCAGUCAGGGUUUUACAUAACGCGUUUUCCACUCCAGAAUCGUGAAAUGCAGCCUUCGGUAACACUGAGUGAUGCUAAAGGUCUGCGGAUGUGAUCCGCUGAUGCUCUGCUACAUGGUUUAUUUUACUGCAAUAAGACAGUGUCUUUCUCAUGUUUGUCUUGGCCGCUUUCAAAUGGCUUCCCCUCCUCAGCAUCAACAGCAGCUUCAGAUUUAGUGGCGAUGCAUCCUGUGAGAUGGGAUGCAUUGUGGUUAUCUUACUGUUUCUGAAAUGCUCAUUAAAUUGCAGCGUGGGCCGUUACAUGAAAUUGAGUUACUUGAAUGUUAGUGCUACUCUGGGCAGCUGAUUGAAGCUGAUUAAUCAGCUGAACAUUUAGUGAUUCCAGUAAGUAGUCACUUCAAGUGAUUUAUCAAAUAACUGGGUAGUUUUGGGCAGGAUUUCUUCUUUAGUUAAAAGAAACAAAAAAACUUGGCUAUGUGGGUUAUACGAAAAAUGAUUAACUGCAGUCUUCCUUUAGAGGGGUAAAAGUGAAGAACUGGGUUACAUAGUAAAAUUCGCCAGUAUAACCAAGAUAUAUGUUUACUUUCUCUCUUCCUAUUUCAGAAUAUUACAGAUUAAUGUGUUUGUGUAGGUUCUCAGUCAUCCAGGUGAUGUUGGUCUUGAGAGCUUGAAGAAAGAAACUGCACUUGUUCAUGUCUAAAAGCAGCAACUACUUCCAAAGGGGACGACCCCCAUUAGGGGUUAAAAACCUGGGAGAAAUCUUUUGCAUUUAGAACUUUUUCAAGCUCUCUUUACUACAGAUUCAUCUUAAAACUGCUGACAGGCUCUGCUGCCAUUUUAGUGUUGCUGAAUUCAGAUUGGUAAGGCUUAAGUCACACAGGCCUACAGGCAGGUCGGUGAUCAUCCGGUGACCAAAAGUUUAUCCUCCAACCAGUUGGCAAGUGGUUGCUUGCCAGGGUACUGCAUCCAAAACCUCCAACUUGUGGUCGCUUUAUCGAUAUUUGACUUUAAAGGUCUCGGUUUUCCAGUUCGCGUCACACCUUUUGCAGUUGCACUGCCAGCUGUCGAGUAUUUUGUGAGUCCUUCAUGCAAACUACUGGUGACCAUGGCAACCUGCUAGCAACCAAAGAAAUCGCAAGGGGGCUUUCGGUGCAGCGCCGUGUACCUCUUUGGGACCAGUUCCAUGCUAGCUACUGAAGGCAACCACUUGCCAACCCAUCUAGGAACAUACAAUUUUCCCUAGCAACCAGUGGUUGCCAGAUGCCGCCAGCUGGUCUCUAGGGCUGUGUCCAGUACAGCCACAGAACACAGAAAAUGAAGUAUUUUUUUGGUCUGUUGUUUGUUUGUUUUGUUUUGUUUUCCUUAAAUGUCUGAAAGUCCAGCGUCACAUCUUCCAGUUGCUUCCAAAUAAAACUCUCCGAAUUUAACAUUUCAUAUUUGCUUUACACACAACAUAAAGAUUUAUCAAAAGAAAUAAAAACGCAGUACGUAUGAACAAACCUGACUGCCUGUUUGAACUCAGGUCUUCAAAUUACUGCAUUUCUCUAGUAUGAUGAAGACCAAAUAUUUAAAUAUAUCAAACUUGCCAACUUUGAAAAACAGAAUUAAAACUUACAAACAGGGUUUGAUUGAGUUGAUCUGAGGAGAAGCAGAAGCCAUUUUAAAGCCUCGGUCUCGCUUUCCAGCUGUGCAUUAACCCUUUCCGCCUCUGUUGUUUUCUUUUUAAUUGCACAAACCAAAUAUAGUUACCUUUUCUUUUUCACCCCAGUUUAGUUAUUUUGUUGUAUAUUUUACACUGCCAAGCUGAUAAGCCUCCAUGCUAUCACUCCUUCGUAACAGAGCUGCAGCAGAUGCAAAGCGGAUUUGGAAAAAAAGCUCUAUGCAGCCUUUAAGGUGUUUAUAUUAUACAGCCGUUGAGUUUUGAAUGUUAACAUGUACAGUCAAAUUAAAAAAAAAAAAAAAAAAUAGAGCUGCUGCUUGACCUGUGACAUGUGGAUUUGGGUGCAUCGCAAUACGGUGAAGUCGCCGUCUCCGCUGUUAAAACUGAAAAGCACUUUUAAAUAUUUGUCAGAAAACUUGUCAUUUUGUCCUUCAAUCGUGCAAUUUAGUGAAAUUAACAGCAUUCAUGCUUGUGGCUGUUCAGUGUUUUCACUUUACCUCAACCUAGCACUUGUCAAAGUCCUGACUCCCAGAGUUAAAAAGUAAACAAAUGUAAGGGAAUUCAGGUCUAGUCUUGAAGGAGUAUCACCCCCCCCCCCAAAAAUACUGCAAAGUAAUUUUCAUUUCUUCAAAGAAUGAUUUAACUGCUCUGAAAAGUUGCUAAGUGACACUUUUUAUCAUCAUUCAGGUUUUAUGUCUGUAACACAGAGCAGCCAAAAUAUGUUACAAAAUAAUGUGAGCUUGUGGAUUUCUCUCUCUCGGUUGCAUGUUAGUUCUUUCAGCAUGAGAAAGUUUAAAGUUGGACGUCGUGCAGCCAGAGCCCUGCUUUUUCCAAAGCGUUCUCAUCUAGAUGUAUCCGUUACACACCAGGUGUACUCUAUCUUUGGUGCUCUAAUGCUAUGAUGGCCAUGUUAAACAAAAAUACAGUGCUAAUGAGGAGACUGAAGGAGGAGACCCUGUUUUUCACCCAAUGUGGACCUUUAUUGCACACUGGUUAGGUUUAGGUUCUAACAACUACUUUGUUAGAUUUAGCCUGUCUAGUCUGCAUAAAGUUGCUUUCAGCAGCACCCAUAUUGUAUUUCUUCAAUAUAAAGUUGACCAGUAUCCGUUAGCUCCGAAUGUUGCAGUAUCCUGCAAAAUUUGGGUUAUCCAACCAAUCAAGUUAUCUUGGUUUCAAGGUAAUAGCAAUAUGACCAAUCUAGAUCAGUUUGGUAAAGUUAAAUCACUGUCAGCCUCUUCCAAAGUCAUUCUGUCCAUUUAUGUUACAUAAAACUACAACCACAAAUAGUUUAACUGAACAAAUACCUCAUUUGGCUCAAAGUUCUCAAAUCUGUGUAAACGACUGGGAGGAGAUCGAGCGACUUACUUGACGAUGCAUCCGAAGCACUUCACUCAGUGAGUCGAAGGUUCAAAGUCAACACUAUUUCUCUUUCACGUCAGUGCUGCUCUUUAACUAAUCAACUUAAAGGAAGUAAUCUACAUUAAAGGAAAGUGUUGCGCAAUUUUUAUGUUUUGUUUUUUCUUGGGGGCUUAGUAGUUUUAUAACUUUCAGACAUCUGAAGAAAGUCAUUUUUGGCUGCAAAUGACUUGAAACACCAACAGAAUCUGUGGACUCUUUAAGUUGCGUUCAUACAUACCAAAUGAUGUUUAUAUUGUUUUUCUUUUCUUUUUUUUAAUAAACAAAGUGUAGAUGUACUCAAGAUGUAAAUCAACACAGACAAGCACAAAAGCACAUUAUUAGUGAGAUGGAAGUCCACAGAUUCAGUUGGAAGCCUUUUUUUGUUUUGUUUUUUAAAUAUGAAAACCAGAAUUCAUUGAAACCUUUGGCAGAACAAUGUGUUGGAUGCUUAUGUUGAAGCAAGGCUCUUUUUAUUUAAAUAUUAAUAUUAUUAUUAUUAUUAUUGUUAUUAUUAUUAUGAAUGUCCAUGUUAACGUUUUUCCUUUGAUGUUCUGCUUUGAUUCUAUUUUUAUGUGUUUUACUAAUUUUGAUCGUCUACUGUUGUCUGCUGUAUGUAGGCAGCUCUGAAAAUCUGAGGAUUUAUUUUGAUCUAAUUUGGGGAGUGUGAAAUGAGAGAUGUUGUGUACAUAAAUACAGAUGUUACUAUUGGAAUAUAAAUAAUUGCUUGCUUGGAAUAAUCAACAAAACUAGAUCAAGAAUAUUAGUGUACGUUAUCUCUCAAAGAUACCUUUCUUACGGUUGAUAUCUUCAGUCUGCCUGGUGCUUUAAAAAUUGCAAACCCCACCCAUCUGGCAUGCUGGGCAGGCCAAAACGAACAAACCCAAAUAUAUGGAAUGGUCACAAUGGAGCUGUGAGUUUAUUAACAUACACUCACUUUAUAGACAUUCUCUUAUUAGAUGUUGGUGUGCAAAAAAAUACAUGACUGUCUAAAACCUGAUGUGUGAUCACGGUGUUAAAGGAAAAAUCCACUUUAGGUUACAUAAAGGAUUAAAAUAAAUCAGCAGCUGGUGUUUGUUUCAUUUUAUGUAGUCCUGAUUGUGUUUGAUUUCUACUGAUGAUCAAAGUCUAUAAGAACACAGAAAAACGACUAUACUGGAUUGACAGGAACUGAGGGAGAUGGUAUAUAUUAGUAUUGAGCUUCAAGUAGUUCCACUGCAAAGUUUUCACUAUAUUUAACUUUCACAUUUAUAGUAGUGCUGUCAGUGUUAAUCUCUACGCCAUGCACUGCAUCUGCAAUAUCUAUAAAUUAGUGCCUGACAGCACUAAUUUAUAGAUAUUGCAGAUGCCGUUAUUAUGUCUAAUGCAAAAUUUCUCCACAUCUUAGGUAAUGGGGAGCUUUUUACCUAAGAUGUGGGAGUGGUUGCUGGAGUUUGCCGGCUGUCGAUGGGUGAAAUCAGUCACAAAGAGGUUAUUACACCAAAAACCACUUUGUGAUUGCGUUGGGUUUAGCAGAUUGCCGUGGUUGCACAAAAUAUGGCCAUCUAUUUGCAAUCACUAACUGGAAAAAGUGUACAACCAUUGUUCACCUUGAAAGUUAAAGCUGUGCCUUAUGUCUGAAACUGACACGUUUCCAUAAGCAGAUCCAGUCAACUUUGAAGAUGACCGUUCUCCGUUUCACGUUUGCAUUGUAAUUUUCACCGUUUCACUAUCAUUCAGCAAAUGUUGGCAAACAAGUUGGCUUCUUCCAUGCAAACCAAAACCAACCAAAGCAUUUGCAAGAAGUAAAACACCUGUCAAAGUUUUGAAGAAAUAUCUUAAAAACUUGUAUAUUUAUAAUUAUUAGGCAGAAAACAAACUGAAUUCUUGUUUUUAUACUCAAAUUUGAGCCGACACUGUGGACUUCUCAGAGAAGUCAGAAACUUAGUAUAACAUUCAACCCCUAAAACCAUUUAUGUCAGGAAUGCAAGUAAAUGAUAGUCAUUACAGACACGUAAAAAUACAGCAGCUGUGGCUUAACCCUUAGAGGUAGUCUAAGUAAUUUGUUAAGCACUGUAAAAUAAAAUGUCAUCAGCAAAGAGUGAAAACUUUGGAGCUACACCUUCAAUUCUAACAGUAUUAAAAUAUUGUCAGAAGAAAAGAAGUGGAGAGACAGAGGCCAGUUUUUGCACCCUAAAAUACAAAAAGUUCCUUUUAGAGAAAUAUUUUCAUCUAGCCAUUUUUAUUAUUACUUUUAUUGUUUUAUAGAUUAUUUUAUUUAUCUAAAAUUAAGCAUAUAUGUCAGCAAGUAACAGAAGGCAGCAGUCAAGCAUCCCCGGUGUGCUUUUUGAACAGCAUUAUAGGAAAUUGAUGAAAUGCACUCCCUUAACAACAGCUUUUGUUGGUGUGGGGGAGGAGUCAGAAGCACCGACUGACAGCUACAGGUGGAUUUUUCCUUUAACAGUUGUCUCUUCAGAGCUUUUGGUCAUCCACAUCGCUCCCCUUUUCAGACUCACCAAAUAAAUGUGUUUAACACAGUAUGUGACGGACAUAAAGUGACUGAAUGUGUCAUUAACACUCCUCUAAUGUAUGUUUUUAGUGUGCAAAAUAGCAGCAGCCUCACAGAGACCAACACUGUUAAACUGAAGGUCAAAACGGCACAGUCUAGAAGUUUUUGUUUUUAAAUUAAUGACUAAAUCUUUAUUUGAGGGGGGGUUUCUUUGCAUUCAUUUCAAAUGUAUACUUCAUUAUUAUCAGCACAGAAAAAGGUGUUUACUGCAGGUAAACACAAGUAAGGUAAUCUGCUUUUUAAAUGGUUGCGUAUUUUUGUACCAGCUGAACACAGAAGGGUUUUUUGUUCGUGCAGAGUCUGCGACUACAGACUGAUCUGAAGGACCAGUAACCAAGUUGUCCUCUUGGUGUUUGUAUUUGUGGGGCUGCUGCUGUCGGACGUUCAUUCUGAGUCCGUGGAGAUGCAGUGAAGUUUGGGAAUGACGGCUGGUUCUGAUGGUGUCCAAACUGUUUGAAAUAAAACACAAACUGGUUUUGAUGAUAACUCAA